AUGGCUCUAUGGGACGAUCACGACGAAUUCCUUCAGGAAUCUUCUAGUAUAAGGACAGCUACCUCUGAUAGAAAGCGCCAGUAUUUGGAUGAUUAUAACGACCAUAUUGCGACACGUCUCAAAACACCUGAAGGUAACUUCCAAAUAUGGGCUCAUAUACUAGCAGCGAUUCAUCUUCCUGGAACAGACGGCGACAGACAUGCGGAUAUUAAGCUCAAUAUCAACCCGCAACCGCUCGAAGAUGAUGACACCGAAUAUGAUGACACAUACAGGAUUACAGACACUCGCGUGUCUGUCUUCAUGGCAGGCUGCGUAUGGCACUAUCUGGAACCAGUUAAUAAACCCAACGCCAGAGCUAUUUUGCUCUUUCGAGGGACUGCAUCACGCCCAGCACAAUACCGUGAUCGAGACGGGCGUCUCAAUACUGAACCAGUCGGCUACUGGGCUGAUGGAAACCUCAUAGGCGUUGCAUCCUUUAGUUACGGCAGAAUCAAAGAAGGCGUUUAUCAAUGGAUGAAACAACAGACCGCCGUUGGCAGGGAUAUUACUUUGGUAGGGUAUAGCCUUGGCGGAUGUUUAGCUAUGCGAGCGCUUGAAUAUUAUGCCACAAAUGAGCAGCCUCGAUGGGAGAAUUGCAAGUUAUAUGCCUUCAGCGCUCCUGGUUUGGACAGCAUAACUGCCAGAGCUUUAACAGAACGAUUCAACGGCCGCUACGACCAGCUGCAUGCGUAUUGGCAUGUCGGUGACCCGAUACCUGUCACCGGAUGUUAUCCAAGAACCACGACCAAAGCAUAUAGUCGCUUUGAUCCAGACGGUGUUGGUAAUCCUGGUGAAGGGGGCUUGUGGAAUUGGUUCAAGCUGGAGCCACAUCAGCUUCUUUAUAUAUCUAUUCCAGAGGGUUGGGGGGUGUCUAUCGCAUACCCUGUGCGAGAUCGUCUUGAUGAACCAAAUUCUUCAAAUAUAUUUCGAAAAGUUGUUAACUUCGUCAGACGGCUUCCGUUGGGAAUGAUUGGAACAAGUAUAAUUACUCCUUUCUUAGGAGCUAUUACAAAGGCGAGAAAGCGAUUCACACGCCGCAAUGCAAAUGAUUGGUGUGGCCAUGCACAUUGA